UGGCCCUUUUAAAUCUCAGAUUCUGCAAAAGGAAAUCUCGUUUCUUCUUCUACUUGAACAACUUUUAAACUUUCAUCUUCGAUUUCUUGAAUCUUCGAUUGACCGUCUCGAUCGUUGACCCCUGAAUACAUUUUUCAGGCGAAAGACCAAAAGAACUUUAUACAAAGAUUUGAGUUUUUUUUUUCCUCAUGUGGAGUGUUUUGGUUUUGAGCUAAAUGAUUGAGACACGACAAGAAGAAGAAUAAGAUGACUCUUUACAUUCGUCGUGAAUCUUCCAAGCUGUGGAAGAGGUUUUGCUCGGAGAUAACAACAGAAAUUGGUCUUCUCGCUGAGAACUGGAAGUACCUUCUCGCUGGCAUUAUCUGUCAGUACAUUCAUGGUUUAGCUGCUAAAGGAGUUCAUUACAUUCAUCGCCCUGGACCGACUCUCCAGGAUCUUGGCUUCUUUCUUCUUCCGGAGCUUGGUCAAGAGAAAAGCUACAUAAGUGAAACGGUAUUCACUACUGUAUUUGUUUCUUUUUUCCUGUGGACUUUCCAUCCAUUCAUCCUGAAGAGCAAAAAGAUAUACACCGUCUUGAUAUGGUGCAGAGUUCUAGCUUUCUUAGUUGCAUGUCAGUUUCUCCGUGUUAUAACCUUCUAUUCCACUCAGCUUCCUGGUCCAAACUAUCACUGUCGUGAGGGCUCUAAAGUUUCCACGUUGCCAUGGCCCAAAAGCCCUCUUGAGGUUCUCCAGAUUAACCCUCAUGGGGUGAUGUACGGAUGUGGAGACCUGAUCUUCUCAUCGCAUAUGAUAUUCACGCUAGUCUUUGUCCUCACUUACCACAAGUACGGCACUAAAAGGUUCAUAAAGCUGUUUGGUUGGCUCUUUGCUUUCGUGCAGAGCCUCUUGAUCAUUGCCUCCCGUAAACAUUACACUGUCGAUGUUGUUGUUGCCUGGUACACCGUUAACUUGGUUGUGUUUUGUCUGGACAAGAAACUACCAGAGUUACCAGAUCGGACCACAGUGUUGCUCCCAGUAAUCUCGAAAGACAGAACGAAAGAAGAGAACCACAAGUUGUUGAAUGGGAACGGUGUUGAUCCUGCUGAUUGGAGACCAAGGGCUCAAGUGAACGGGAAGAUAGAUAGCAACGGAGUUCACACUGAUAACUCAUUGAAUGGCGCAUGAAAACUCGCACCAGACAUGAAGACAUGUUGGUCAUUGUUCAUGAAGAGAACUCUUAUAGAGAGAUGUUAGGGCUAUGCUACUCUGUACAUUUUUCAGUUCCUUGUCCCCCAAGCAAUGUCUUGUUGGAUCACGUUGUUUUUAUUUUUGUUGUCAAUUUUAUUAUUAUAAGAAACGUUGCUUUUAUUA